AUGAAGGAGAAAUUUCAAGUGUAUCCUCUUUCUCUCAAAGAAUCUUCUCAAAAGUUUUUGGAUAUACAAAAAUAUUUGAGAGAGAAACUUCAAAGUAGUUUUGUCGACACAAACACCAAAAGUUCAACAGAAAAAGAAGAAUCCGACGAAUUCUUAGAUUUACAAAAAUCAUCUCCGGUGACGGUGCCACUUCCGGCGACAUGCCCGACGUUCUUUUCGGCGACAAAUCUGACAUCCUUUUUUGGAUGGAAACCAAAAUCAGACGUAGUAGCAACAAUUUGUCAAGAUCUAGCUCUGAAUCAAUUUGGUCUUGUGUUUCUUGCUGCCACAUUUUCAUUUCAUGGAAAGAGGCAAUGCUAG